AUGAGUCGUAGUCAAGGGCAUUUACUGCAUCAUCGUCAUGGUGGCGGAUAUCGUAUAUUUUCGUCAACCUCGGAUAGGAUAGAACCUCAAUGUGAUACAGCUAGAGCAAAUGGGUCAUCACAUGAGAAUAGUAUUUCUACUGUCAAUGGCCAAGAUGGUCACAUAAAAGAUGAAGUAAAUAAAGCUGGAAGUAGAAAUCUUCCUAGCUCAAGGCCAACAACAAUACAACAUCAGAUACAUCCCGAUCAUCAAAUUACUAGUAAUACUGACGAUACAAUUGCAAAUGGUAACUGCAAAGAGCACCAGGCUAACUUUACACAGGAGCGAGCGCCAUUUUAUGAUUCUGAAAACAAAGGUAGAUCAGGCAGUAAGAAUCAAUUGGCGUUACCGCGAGAACUAUAUAAAGCAGAAAGUAUUUCGCCUACACGUAGUAUAACACCUGGGGGUGAUUCAGGCAUUGAAAAGACGCCUACAAUUGCGUCACCUAAACGUGUUAGAUAUUCGCCAUCACCGUUGGCCGAUAGAAUGCCACAAUCUAAAUCGAUACAACUUUCACAGCGAGGUAAUAAACGACAUCAACGCUGCUUCAGUGAAAAAACUAGCUAUAAUAAUACUUUAACUUCAAGUUUGAAGAAAAGUAGAGUCAUAUCACCAUCUUCAUCGUUACGCCGUGAUAAUGCCUUAAGUGGACAAAAGGUGCUUGCUCGACGUGAUCGUUAUUACUACAUGGCUACCGUAAAAGAAAGUUACAGCGACCGUAUUGGAAUGAAAGAGGUCGUAACAGUGAUAUUUGAUCAUAAUCAGUUAGAAACUACUUUUCUCGAUCCUUGGAAAGGGAAAAAAAUUGAUUUAAUAUCAAGCUCAGUGCCUUCUGUUGAUUUUGUUAAUGUCGAUAGCCGUGUCUGUAUUCAGCCAAUUGAAGAUCGCUGUGUUAUUACGCCAAGUCCUACUCAUACUAAUGAUGAUGCUGAUUUGAGUGGCAGUAAUGGAAGCAUUACUGGUGGCAGUCGGCUGAAUAAGCGAGCUCAAUCUACUGGUGGGGUCCAAUAUAAAAAAGGGGAUGUCGUCAUUACGCCUAUGGGUGUCAGAAAAAAAUUCAAUGGCAAGCAAUGGCGACGACUAUGUUCGAAAGAAGGUUGCUAUAAAGAAUCGCAACGUCGUGGUUAUUGUUCAAGGCACUUGACGCAGCAUGGUGAUAGCAUUAAAGGUGCAUCAAAGAAAGAUCUUUUUAGUGAUUCUACUCAACGUCCUUCAUCAGCUAACGAUGGCAAUUCGAUUACUGAUGCAAGCAGUACUGGCGAUCGGGCAGCUAGUGAUGAUGAUUUUAGCGAAAUGAACGAUACCGAAGCUGCUAGUUUGUUAUUAUCAUUAAGUAAUUCUCGUUGUACAACACCUUUUGAAUCACCGCUAUCGUCGGCUAAAUCGACAUCUCAUUUUCCUUUUCCACCUUCAACUAGUAACAACUCUAAUAGCAUUAAUUAUGAUAGAAAUAACAGUACAUCAAGACCAUCAUCUGCUGUUGAAUUAUUAACACCGCCACCCUCAGCUGGUCAACGAAUUACAUUAUCCGCUCCAACAACACCGAUAGCUACAAUUAAUUCUAGCAAAAGUGAAUUAAGCAAUUCAUCGUUGCUAAAUCAAAAUCGCCAUGAAAAGAGACAAUUUUAUCGACCCGUAAAUCAAUCGCCCCUUCCCGAUCAUCAAGAUAAUAUCAAAGAUCAUCAAGUUGUUUAUAAAGUUAAUUACAAUUCGAACGCAUCCUCUCCGCGUGGUAAAAAGAGGAAAUGUGAUGAAGAUGGGAAGAAUGUAAUAACCAAUUCACGACAUGGCACUCCAUCAACGGUAUCCGCAAGCCAAUCCAUAAAUAAAGAUGUUAAUUAUAUUCGCAUUGGGCGAUAUUCUAGUAAUCCUCAGGAACAUUCGGAAGAGCAUAUUUCACAAUCUAAUACUGUAAAUUUUCGUCAAUUCUGCAAUAAGGAACAUCCGAAAACUACUCAACAAUCUAUAGCUGUGGUGGAUAGUAAACUUACUAAUGAUACUCAAACUAGUUUACCUACUGUGGAAGACUCUUCGAAAGAACAUAGGAUAAGUGUUAGUCAUAAUCCACCUGAAAGAUCCAUGAAAGCAACUACUGAGUCUUCUGUUAGCACUGACCAUGGAAAUAAUUACUCACGUAAUGUAGUACCCACUUCUUAUGACAAGGAAGGUACUGCUUCGAAAGAUGUCAUAGCUACUUUAAAGAACCUCUUAACAAGGCCAUCCAGAAAUUCAUUAUCUCGCAAAAAGAAUUCUGACGUUGAUUUCAAUGGUCAAGUUAAAGUUGCUCCAAAGCAGCUUCAUAUUCAGCACCAUGGUUUACAUCAUGAUAAAGAAUCAGCAUUUACAAAAUUAGGACAAAUAAGCACCGAUAACAUUCCUUCGAAGAAUUCAUCGUCUGUCACUCGUCAGCCUUCAAAAGUAGUUAACGAACCGACACCUGAGAAUGGUAAGAAUAGCAAUAACCAUGGCGAUAAUGUAUCACGCACGGUGGAAACUCAGACAUGCGAUGAAGACUUUACUUUAUCCUGUAAAAGUCAAGAUGUUGCCAAAAUUCGUGAAAUUUCCGAGCAUCAUAGCGAAGAAAAAACUCAUAAAGAAUUAUUUGAAAUUGACUUGAAAUGUUCCGAACAUGAAGAUGACGACGAAGAUGACGAAGUCGGUGAUAUUAUGGAAGGCAAAACUAACAAUCAUCGCUCAGCGAUGCAAUCUGAGUUCAUUCCCAUAAAUGUUUGUCGUGAUGAUAACGAAAAUCGCAGUAGCAAUGCGGUUUCUGUUGCUGCUAUAGCGGUACGCCCAAAAGUGGCUGAAAAAACGAUUUCAAGCGAAGAGCAUCAUACUGUUAUAUCACAAAUGCAAACGCCUACGUCAUCACAACAAGCCAAUAGCGAUAUAUCUAAAGCUAAUUCUAAAUCUCCUUCUUGCGAAACUAAAGAUGCUUCACGUAGCAAAGAAGGAAAGUCCAGUGCAUCUAAUUCCAGUUCUGAUAUAAGACCUAAAGUUGCUACGGCACCAACUAACCCGGAGCAAGGAAGUGCAUUAUCAGCAUAUUCUUACUUCUAUAAUGGCCAGCCAGUUGUGAAUCCGUCUUGUCAGAAUAAAUUGAUAGAUUGUAGAAUACCAGGGGGUAAUUUAGCCACUAUUAUGCCAUCAUGCAAUCAAGUUGGUCAUGGUUGGGAAAAUAGUGCUAUACCUAGUGUAAUGCUAGGCCAGCAAUUUCCGUUCGCUAAUGCAGAGUUUCUGAAACACGCGACUCUCCCUGUCCACUUACCUGUCAACCAACAGCUAUGUCAACUUCCUGGCUAUGUGUUGCCAACUUUUACGGGUAGCACACCAUAUUUGGCAUCGAUGGAUGCUGAUAAAUUGGACUAUAGUAAAUUAUUAAAGGCUUCUGAUGGUCAAUAUACUCUGAAUCUGCAGCCAAACGGUUUAGUUGCAACAACACCAACCGUAAGCAGUCCAGAUUGUAAUACUUACAAUCGCCUUUAUAGAGCCCCGUCAUGUUAUUCCUCAGGUGUCAGAGAAUCUCCAGACGCAAAUAUAUGGCCUGGGGACAGGAUUUCACAAAAUCGUUCAUCUCGAAGUUCUAAUCAAGAUGAGAAAGUAGGUCAUCGAAAGACGGAAAAAAGUAGGAGCAUCCCAGAAUCUAAAAGUCGUUGA